AUGCCUUCACACCCGACCUUCACCUCGCCCUCGCCGCCGCAUAACCGGCUCCGAGACCACAGCCCGACCAAGUCCUCCCCUCUCCGGCAUACCGUGUCCACGCGCUCCAACAACAGCGAGACCGACCACUCCUCACUCCCGAGUCGGCAAGGCACCGUCAGCAGUAAUGCGAGCUCUGCGUAUAGUAAUGCAAGCUACAGCGGCUAUGACUCUGCCAGCGACCCCUUCGUGAGCCGGCCUUCCAACACCCCGCGAGCCACGGCAGGUGCUAAGCGCGACCGGUCCGAGUCGCCUGUCAAGAAGAACGCGGCUUUUGCGAAGUGGGAGCAGCGGGAGCAGGAAGUGGAGCAGACUCAGCAGUCUUCUACGCCUAGUUGGCACAGGAGAUCGCAGACGAUGGACGUCAGCCCGAAGAAAGUCAAGGACGAGGAUUGGCGUUCGGGCAUUGGACGGAACGAGAGUCGCGCUGCGCUGAGACCGGUCGCUAGGAAUAUCGUGACAGAUGCGGCGCCUGCUGAUCCGCCGCCUGUCAUGUCUCCUCCAUCAAUGGAUAUGCCUCCGCCACCUUCGCCGAGCAGGAAAGAGAAUAAUGACUACAUGAGGUAUCGUGGUACGAGCGAAGACGACGGUUUUCUUACAACACCGAAGAAGUCGCCUGGACAGCAUCGAAGAGGACAGAGCGUGGACUCUUUCGUCGCGCAUUCGCCAGAGCACACGCCUACGGCGCCAUCGCCGACUUCGAUGAGCAGAAACAGCUUGGCUACGCUUUCAAGAUCAGAUUCGAUGCGGGCCAGUACGAGACCAUCGAGACCACAUGGUCAUGCGCGGUUUGGCUCUACGGAUAUUACAGCGGCGCCUCAUCUGGAUGGCGAAGAUCUGGCGAAGCUGCAGAAAUCAACUACACCGCAGUUUCAGCAUCUGAGCAAGAUGGCCUCAGAGGGCGGAGAAGAAGAUUACAGCGUCCACUCGAAAGAGGAGCAAGUGGUGGGACUUGCAGGAUCUAGCUUUGCAAGCCAAUACGCUAGCACGCGGUGGAUGGACACGCAGAGGAAGCAUCUUCAAGCCUAUGAGUACCUAUGUCACAUCGGUGAAGCUCGAGCUUGGAUGGAGGAUGUCCUGGAUCCUGUUGAGCUACCCCCUAUUGUACAACUCGAGGAGGCCUUACGAGAUGGUGUCACACUGGCGGAAGUGGUCGUCCGUCUUGGACCGAAGCUUCCAUACGACCAGCAGUGCGCUCUUGGCUCUCAGAAGAUCUUCCGCUCGCAACGGCUACAAUUCAGACACUCCGACAACAUCGCUCUCUUCUUCCGCUUCCUGGCACAAAUCGAACUGCCGGAGCUCUUUCGCUUUGAACUCGUCGACUUGUACGAGAAGAAGAAUGUCCCGAAGGUCAUCUACUGCAUUCACGCGCUGUCAUGGCUGCUGUACAGAAAGGGUGUGGUCGAGUUCCGGAUCGGCAACCUGGUCGGUCAACUGCACUUCGAGGAGCACGAGCUGGAGGCCACGCAGAAGGGUAUCGAUAGGAGUGGUAUCCAGAUGCCCAACUUUGGCGGCAUGAGAGAGGCAAUGGAGGUCGAGCCCGAGCCCGAACCUGAGCCUGAGCCGGAACCCACCCCUGAAGAGCUUCUGAUGGAGCACGAACACAUGAUCGUCGACCUUCAAGCUCAAAUACGCAGCGCUAUGGUCCGCAUGCGACUAGGCAACAUGAUGCAAGACCUCUGGGACGCCGAAUACAGCAUCGCCUCCUUCCAAGCGCUGGCACGAGGAGGUUUCGCUCGCGAGAUCUUCGCUUUCCGAUUCGGUAUGGACCAUUCGACCCGCCAAUUCCAAGCUGCUGCGAAGGCUUUCCUGGUGAGAAUACGACUGCACAGAAAGGAGCGCUCGUGGAGGAAGAACGAAGCCAAGGUCGCGAAAGUGCAGAGCUUGUGGCGUGGACGACAGGAGCGGGCUGAGACGAGGCAGAUUAAGACGGAGUUGAGGCAGCAUCAGCAUGGGGUAAGGGAGCUGCAGGCGGCGUUGCGAGGCGCGCUGGGGAGAUGGAGGGCGGGUGAUCUGUGGCAUGAGACACGAGAGGCUGGCGACAAUGUUGAGGCGCUGCAGGCUGCGAUACGAGGCAUGCUCGUAAGGAGGAGUAUGAAAGCGCAAAAGGCGGACGUCAAGAGGGCGGCGGCGCAGGUCGUGCAAUUGCAAGCUGCGGCACGGGCUCUGGUUCAGCGGCGAGAGCGGAAGGCUCAGCACGGGAAGUUUGAAGUGCAACAUCAAGCGGUUACGGAUGUGCAAAGUGCUGCCAGAGGUCUGCUUGCACGACUGCACAACGCCAGGACCAAGGGCGCGCUGCAUGGUCGAGAGACGAGCAUCGCGAAGCUGCAAGCUGCCGCGAAGGGACAGGAAGUACGAAGACAGAACGCUGAGAUCCGGCAGCGACUUCAAGAUCAGCACGGAAAGGUCCUCGAACUCCAAUCGCUCGCCCGCGCCAUGCUGCAAAGACGAAGCAUAGGAACCCGCCUCGCCUCACUCGAGGAGCAGGAAGAGAACAUCACAGCCCUCCAGUCCCUCGCCAGAGCCUACGUCGAGCGCCAACGAAUCUUCGACCAACUCGUCGCCAUGGAAAAGGAGGACAACUCCGUCUCGCAACUCCAAGCCUUCGCCCGCGCCAUGCUCCUACGAAGCAACAUCGGCCGCCUCCUCUCCGAGCUCGAGGACCACGAAGAGGGUAUCACGCACUUACAAGCCGCUUGUCGCGCUUUCACCGUCCGACGCAACUUCGAAGAGAAGCGCAAGCACUACCGCGAGAACAUGCAGAAGGUCAUUAAGCUACAGUCUUUCGUGCGCGCAAAGCAGCAGGGCGAGAGCUACAAGAGUUUGGUGAAUGGAAAGAACCCGCCGCUGCCUGUUGUGCGGAAGCAUCUGCAUUUGCUUACGGAUUCGACGCUGGAGUUUGAAGGCGAGCUGGAGGCUGAGCGGUUGCGCCGACAGGUUGUCGAGAGUGUCCGACGUAACGAGCUUGUGGAAGGCUACGUCGAAGGUCUGGACGUGAAGAUCGCGCUGCUGGUCAAGAACAAGAUCACGCUUGACGAAGUGGUGAAGCACCAGAAGCACUUCGGUGGCUCGGCUUCACAACUGCUGAGGAACGGCAGCACAUUGUCUUCCCAGCAUAAUGGCGGCUUGGAUCUUAAGGCGCUGAACAAGAGCUCCCGCAAGAAGCUUACCGGCUACGAGGAGCUCUUCUUCAUGCUACAAACUCAACCACAAUACCUCGCUCGCCUCUUCCAGCAGGUGUCUGGUCGAGGUCUGACGGAGAAGGACGGCAAGAACCUCGAACGCCUCGCUCUGACCAUGUUCGGCUAUGCGCAGAAGCAGCGGGAAGAGUACUUCUUGAUCAAACUCCUCGCCACCAGCUCCCGACAGACCAUCGCGCAAGCGCAGAACCUGGAAGACUACCAGCGACUCCAGAAUGGCGCUUUCACCCAACGACUCCUGCUGAGCUACGUCCGUGGACCAAAGGACCGAGCAUACCUUAAGAGCUUGCUCGGGAAUAUGGUCCGGGAGGGUAUUUGUGGGAAACAGCAUUUGGAUCUCGAGAGCGAUCCGCUGCAGAUCUAUCGCGCGAUUUUGAAUAACGAGGAGUUGUCGACCGGACGCGCUUCUUCGAGACCGAGGGAGAUGCCACGGGAGGUCGUGAUCAAGGAGCCAGAUGUGAGGCAGAGUUACAUCGAACACCUGUCUGCGCUGCGAGAUCUGGGCGAUGGCUUCUUCCUUUCGCUGGAGGAGACGCUGCAUCGGAUGCCGUAUGGGAUUCGCUUUGUCGCCGUUGAGCAACACCGUGCGCUCUGCGAGCAGUUCCCGCAUGAGGACCCGGCGCAUUUGGCUAUGCUGGUGGGGUUGUGGCUGUGGAAGUCGUACCUCCUACCCGCGUUGCGCGAGCCGGAGAUGUGGGGAGUCAUUGACCGUGGUCUGAGUCCGGUGCACAAGCGAAAUCUCUCGCAGGUCGUCACAGUACUCGGGCAGAUGGUUUCGGGCAGGCUGUUUGGUGCAGAGAACUUGUACCUCCAGCCGCUGAACAACUGGGUCUCGGAGUCGCUGGAUCGAUGGCAGGAGUGCCUGCACCAUUUAUUUGAUAUCCCGCCGGCGGAAGAGCACUAUGAUGCCGAUCAGUUCAGUGAUCUGUACUCCCGGACGAAGCCGACGCUGUAUAUCAAGCUUUCAGAUAUCUUCACGCUGCACUCGAUGUUGUCUGACAACGUGGCUGCCGCGGCGCCGACAAGGGACGACCCGAUCAAGGAGUUGUUGUCUGACCUGGGAACGGCCAAGAGCAACGAAAGCGACCUCAGCAGCGCCUCACACGGCGGCGAGAUCACCCUCACGCUCAAGUCCCGCUUCACCGUCCAAGAGGACCCCAACGCCGAAGCGCGCGCCCUCUUCACCGCCACCAAGCGCUUGGUGCUUUACAUCAUCAAGGUCCAGUCAGGAUCCAACCUCAUGGAAAUCCUCCUCCGCCCCAUCAGCCACGAAGACGCCGACCGCUGGAUCCACCUCGUGCAAGAAGAGGUCGCCGAGAAAGAGCGCAAAGAGCGCCGCCCCGGCGCCGGUCCCAAACGCAACUCCUCCGUCUUCGACCCACGGGCCUCUCUGCGUGGUGCAAGAACCCAAAGCAUCUACUCCGAAGCCCCCUCCACCUUCUCCGAAGACCGCCGCGACCUCCUCGACCUCCAAUCCCUCACCUACGCCGAGCUAAAAUCCUCCUGUCUCGAAAACAUCCUCGCCCUCGAAGCCCCCUCCAUCGCUCCGCAAUUCAGGGUGAGCAGACACAACAACUACCAAGACCUGCUCAACGCACUCGCCUCGGACAUCCGGCAGAAACACCGCCGUCGCCUCGAACGCCAGCACGAAGUGGAGAGCACCCGCGCGACGCUGACGCAGCUGGACGAUAAAGCGGCGUUCUUGGAGGACCAGCUGAAGAGCUACAACGAUUACAUAGAGCAGUGUCUGCACACGCUCGCGAGCAAGAAGAGCGGGAAGAAUAAAUUGACCCUCCCGUUCACGAAACAAUGGUCUCACGAGCGCGAACUCGAGCGCGCGGGUCGCCAGCCGAAAUUCGGGAGCUACAAGUACUCUGCCCGCCAGCUCGCGGAAAAGGGCGUCCUGAUGAGCUGGCCCGGCUACGCCCCGGAGCACUGGGGCCAACUGAACGUCGUCAUCAGUUCCGACGAAGUCGGGGUUUUCCAUCUGGAAGCGAGUAGCGGGAGCAUGAUGCUCCCCGGCGCGAGCGCGAAUUUGCUGCUGGAUGAACUACUGCAGGCGCAGUAUGAGAAUAAGCAGAGUAUUGGUGUGUUUGAGGGGACGAAUGGUGGGGGACAGGGGGAAGGGGCGCGGUUGGCGGUGAAUUUGCUGCUGCAUUUGGUUUUUAAGAAAUUUUAUCGGGAUGAGUAG